AUGGAAUUCAUUCAGGGAUGGGUUGUACGCUCUAUUGCAACAAAGGUCGGCAGCUUGCUAGCACUCACCGCCACCUUGUUCGUCGUAUGGUAUACGAACGACAAUCCUGGCGCCACGGUAGUUGGCUGGACCUGGACUGUUGCUGAGACUGCCCUCGCUCUGGUUAUGGCAGCAAUCCUGAUGCGCUUCUUCAUCGCGCUGGUAGCUGCCGCCUGGGUUGGAGUCACAACAACCCUGCAGGAGUUAGAGGUGCAGCAAAUUGAGCUUACUCAGGCUCGUCAGUUGUUGCGCGACGUCGGAGACGUUGCCCGCAACGCUGCAACCGUACAACGUGAAGCUAUGGGCUUAGCUCGAGAACAAGCAAGGUUGGGAGAGGAUACCUUGCGGCUGCGUAGGGAGGUCCAGGAUUGUCAAACGCAGCUCCGAGCCGAGCGCGAAAAUGUCAGAUCCAUCGAGGAAUCUCCUGGCGUUAAGGCCACGCAUCGGUACAUUCCUCUGUACCUUCGACCCCUGGGAUGUCCAGCACCGGCAAAGGCCUUUGCUACGAGUUUCACGGAAAGGGCACUUGCAGGCGUGGAAAGAGCUGUUGCUUUUCGCACGCAAAUGGAGGAGGUGCGAGUUCCACUCCAGGCCACGAAUACACAGUGUACGCACAGCAUGCGCCGCGAGAUCGGUCUGACUUCGAGUUUCCUAAAUAUGUUUAAUGCGGGCCAAGUGCAGUCUUUCAAGAGACCAUGGCUUCUCUCCUGUGGCACAUCUCGUGUCAUUGGAAAUACCACGGAGUUCGGUUCUUGCAAUGUUGCAGCCGACAGUGGGCAACCGCCUUGGGAAGGAGCUGCGGCGGCUGCCUAUGCACACCAUAAAGAGACCUACUUGGCCACCGCUCAAACUUGUGAGCGGCAGGGCAUCCUGUUCCUGCCCAUGGUCGUUGAAACCACUGGCAACUGGGAUGCUCGUGCCUACAAGGUUUUGCGGCACAUUGCGCAAGGGGUGGCCAGCCGCACUGGCACGGAUCAUGCGACAACCUUGUCUACGCUCCUUCAAGAGGCCAGUGUGGUAGCGCGGGGCUUUCGAGCCAGGGCGGCUUAG